AUGCGUAAAAAGUUCGUCCAGACGCUGGCAGCCCAGCAGCUCGAACUUUCCAGCCACAUACGACCGCACGAUAUGGAGGUAGAAAAGGAGUCGCCCCGUGCACAGCAGCAGCAGCAGCGUACCCAGUCUGGCAGCGGGCCGGAAGAUGUGAUCGAAAUCAUGGAUGACGAUCAGGAGGUGGAAUUGAUGAUGGAACGCCACAGGAAAUAUCAUCCACGGAAGUACGUAAACCUGCAGCAACCGACGUCAAAGGUGUAUUACGACAAGAUCGAUGCGGUGAACCCAUCGCCUGCACUGGAUAAGGAGGAUCACGACAUGGAGGAGGAGGAGGACGAGGAUAAGCUGGUGGUGAUCGAUUGUGCGAAGGAAGGCACACAAACCAAGGAACCCAACAAUAACAGUGUGAGCGCACCGAACGAAAAUUACACGACGCUUGACAGCAAUGGUGAACUGGCUGGUCCUAUCAGCCUGCCUUCGGAACCGAAAGAUGCGCCAUCGGGUCGCGCACAGUCAGACGAUCGCAAAACUGCACCCAGCUACAAUUGGCAUGUACCGCAGAAUGGUGGGAAACAUGCGGAACUAAGGCAGCAUAUCCUUCAGCAAAGGCUAAAGAUGUUGCACUCGCGACCGGACACACCGGCACCGAUUAUGUUCCAGAAGCAACAGCAGCAGUAUGGUCCCCCGAACUAUCAACGUUCCCAACGACCACAUCCUUACGAGCGGCAAACGAGCAGUGCCUGCAGCACGACUUCAACUCCCAGCUACAGUGCGCCACUGCUGCAUGAUGGGAGAAAUACUGCCAUACCACACCCACGUGCUUCACAGCCGCCGGGUUUACCAGCGGUUGGUGGAAUCGCACCCGGGAUUAGUUUAGGUACCGGAGAAGGGAGAAAAUCAGCAUUCUCAACACCUCAAGAAAAGAGACACCAUGAUGCGGCUAUGAUGCCGCCCCCGACACUCACCGGGAUGGCUGGAUCGGCUAGCAGUGUCGCUAUAGCACCACGCACACCCUUCUACCAUCCGUACGUGCCUCCGUACCAUUAUUCGGCGUACGGUGCCAGCACGCCAACCGCUAGCACCUACCAAACGCUGGAAGAAUGGUACCGUGCGGGCUAUCCUGCGCCACAUCUGCUAUCGCCUACCGAGCUGCAAUACUACUAUCACUGCUAUCUCAGCAAAAUCGUCUUUUCCGCUCCCGGGUAUCAUGCGCACGAUCAACACUACCGGGACUAUUCGACGCUGGCAAUGACGCCCGGGACUGGUACCGCUUACUAUCCACCGCCACAGUACGGAUUUCUUAAAUCUGCUGCCAACAGUGCUGUUAUUGCGCCUCCUACACCCAAUGUUGCUGUUCUUUCUUCUACUGCCGUUGGUGUUGAUCCUGCCGUUGGUGGUGUUACAACCGUUCCCUCUGCAUAUCCUGCACAUCAACCGAUCGAUUUUUCACCGUACAAUGACCGUAACGUGCCAUCACUAAGUGCUGGUUUUCUUCCUACAACGUUGCCAUCCGCAACAACGGGAACAACCGUUUCGUCACAGCAGCAACCGUCCCAUACAGCAUCUUACUCGUCCGUCCCGUCAGCUAAAUUGCAUUACACGGCGCCACGACCGGAAGCAAUACGUCCUACUGUUAUUAGUCGUACAGCAGCAACAGUACCACCCGCCAAAGAGUCACCAACUGCUGCGCACACGUCAUCGUUAAUGUCACCCCCAGCGGCAACUACUAUGCCGCCACCACAACAACCAGCGAAGCCAUCACAAAUGGUACCGUCACCUACUACAUCUCUACCGUCUACUCUGCUGUCGCCUACUACAUAUCUACCAUCCUCUAUGCUGUCACCUUCAAGCAUGCCGUCUCCUACCAGACAUCCAGCACCACCACCCAGCAUGCCAUCACUGUCAUCGACUUUGCCGUCACCAACCAGCCAACCACCUGCUAGUACGCCACCUACCAGCAUGUCUGCCCCAACACCAAUCCUCUCUCCAUCCAGUAUGAUGCCACCACCCAGCAGUCAUCCACCGCCCAGUAUGCCAUCACUGUCCUCUACCAUGCCACCACCAUCCUCUCCUAGCGCAUCCUCACCAAGACGUACUCUGUCGGACAUGCCGAAACUGCCACCACCACCAUCAUUGCCCUCACCAACGGGUGUUCUUGGGAACGAAAGAACAGACCCACGGGCAGAUCUACCGCCAUCUGUCGGGAAAUCCGAUGCAAAGCACAACAAAAACCCGAUGAGUGAUUCCCGGUCGGGCUCUGAAGUGACUGAAUCUAAUGAUCCAAGUGCCAUGAAACAUCCAUCGAAACGAUCCAUCUCGAACAAACCAUCAGGAAACUUUGGAAGCAGAUAUGAACGGCCUACACCACUACCACCUCCGCCGUCUCCUCCAUCUACACCGAAACGUCGAGGUCGGGGUCGUCCUUCAGCGGCAUCACACAACAAAGCACCACCAUCCCAGGCGGCAUCAACACCACCUGCGGGACCGGCUGUCACACAAUUGAACCACACGGGCGAACGUAACAUUGGCGCCCUGUUGCAGCAAAUGCGCCGGGAGAUGAUGUCCUUUCUGCAACAGCGCCGCUCCGACAUCAUUAGCACGAUGCGCAUUUACACGAUCGGGCGCAUCGAUUUCAAGGGUUUUCUGGUGGAGAUGAAACGGCACAGUGUCACGUACCGGGACUUUAUGCACGUAGCCUUCACGCUGAUGCGCCGCUGCGGGUACAGUGGGUUCGCGAUGGAACCUCCGGCCGAGCUCGAUUACCGGUGGAAGAAUCCACCGCAGGAGUUUGCCGAUUAUUUUGCGAAGAACGAACAGUGCAGCAAACAGUUCGUGGCGGAAAACUUUGACUUUCUGCUGCUGAUCGUGGACAAUCUGCUGCAGCAGUACUUCGAACCGAUGGAGUUCUUUCUGCUGGAGUACGUGCUGGGGUUGCGUGCUAAGUAA